GGCGUUAAGGGUUUAAAAGUUUUUUUAGGGCUGAGGUGCAAUGUAGCUGGAGCUGGCCGCGAGAGCGCUCGAUCCAUGGCGAAGGCCGCGUCGCCGGGGGCGGAUUUGGGGAAGAAGGGGAUGGCUUCCCGAAUCUGGUGCGUGCUGGACUCGAAUGGGGAGCCGGUGACGCUGGACAUGGACAAGGCGGCGGUGAUGCACCGGGCGGGGAUCCAUGCUCGGGAUUUGCGCAUUCUGGACCCGCUUCUGUCGUAUCCAUCCACGAUUCUAGGUCGGGAGAGGGCGAUUGUGCUCAAUUUGGAGCAUAUCAAAGCGAUCAUCACUGCCGAGGAGGUGCUACUCCGCAAUCCAACCAACGAGCAUGUCAUUCCAAUUGUGGAGGAACUACGUCGACGCUUGCCUCUCCAGACUCUGGAAAAUGGAGCCGAGGGUCUCGCGCUUUUGGAGAGAACAGACAGCAAAAAAUCCGGAAGAAAGUCAAGCGUGCAAAGUGACCCCGAACGGGGUGAAGUCACCCCUUUCGAGUUUCGGGCUUUGGAAGUAGCACUGGAAGCGAUUUGCAGCUUUUUGGACGCACGAACAACCGAGCUGGAAACUUCGGCAUACCCGGCUCUAGACGAGCUCACGUCAAAGAUCAGCAGCCGGAACUUGGAUCGUGUCAGGAAGUUGAAGAGUGGAAUGACUCGGCUCAUUUCUCGUGUCCAAAAGGUAAGAGACGAGCUUGAGCAACUCUUAGAUGACGAUGACGAUAUGGCCGAGCUAUUCCUCACGAGAAAGGCAGGCUCCUCGACACUAACUCCAGCCUUGCUGAGUAAUUUUCCUGCGUCGCCAGUGCUUGGCUCAAAGCUUUCGGCAGUGAGCAGAACAAAGUCUCUUGCCUCUACUCACGGCAGUGACGACGAUGUUGAAGAAGUGGAAAUGCUGCUCGAGUGCUACUUCAUGCAAGUGGAUGGUACUCUGAACAAGCUUAACACGCUUCGUGAAUACAUAGAUGACACGGAAGACUACAUAAAUAUCCAGCUUGACAACCACCGCAAUCAACUUAUACAGUUGGAGCUAGUUCUCAACGCGGCUACGCUGGCAAUGGCGUUGUAUUCGCUGGUGGCUGGAAUUUUUGGGAUGAACAUACCUUAUCCCUGGAACGACGACCACGCCUACCUUUUUAAAUGGGUUUGCAAUCUCUUGCGUUGCUCUCCAUGGUUCGUUCAUUCACAACAUUGUGUUUUUGGUUUUAUCCUGACCGCAGGUCGUGGUUGCGGGGUGUAUGCUUUGCGUUGGUUUGUUCUCCAUCGUCAUGGCCUACGCUCGCCAUAAAGGCCUCGUUGGGACGUGAAGAAAAGAUUUUCCGGCUGUAAAUAAUUCAUAGAAUCAAAAAUCUUCUGACCGAGAGCUUGGCUCUA